AUGUCUAAUAAUGUUUAUGAAGAUGUGUUCGGCAUCGAGUCUGGGGGAAGGGACAGCGAGCAUGUGGAGAUGAUGGUGGAUAUUUAUGAAAGUGCAGACGUUAUCAGUGAUCAGGACUUCAGGACAAACACACAACAACCACUUAAACAAACAGAAGAGAGAGACCUGCUACUAACUAGGGUCAAAGAUUUCAGUUCAGAGAAAGAUCAGUUAGAGAAGAGAUUAUCAUCUGAGAAGGAUUCUUUAAUGAAACAAAAAGAUCAGUUACAGCAGGAGAAAAAUUACCUGAAGUUUCUUUAUGAACAGGAUGGAUGGUUUUACUAUCAGUCCAGUUUUUACUUCAUUUCCUCUGAGGAGAAGAGCUGGUCUGAGAGCAGAAGAUACUGUACCGACAGAAAAGCAGAUCUGACCAUUAUAAACAACAGAGAGGAACAAGAUUUUGUUAAGAAAACAUCUGGUGGUGCUUUUGUCUGGAUUGGUCUGACUGACAGCGCUAAAGAGGGCAGUUGGAAAUGGGUUGACGGCACCAACAUGACCACUAGUUUCAGGUUUUGGAGACUCUUUGAACCCAAUGGACAUAGAGGAGAGAAUUGUGCUGCAUCUCAUUCUUCAGGAUGGGCCGAUUAUCCAUGUAAUGCUAAAUUUAAGUGGAUCUGUGAGAAAAUAGCAUUUUAAAAAGUCAUUAAGUUGUAUUUUUGUUCAUGCUGUAAAUUACCACCUUUCUUCUCUUAAUAUUCAGACACACAAUGUGUCUUAUUAACAUUAUAUUCAAAACAAUUUUAUUUACACAAUGACAAUUAGAUCUGUUUUAUUAAUUGUGAUGGAAUCACCAAGCUUCACCCUCAUUUAGCAGCACCAAAUACUUUACACAGGACUAUUAAACAGCCAAUUAACAUCAUCACCAGCAAAAAACCAGCACACACACACUUACUGCAUCCCCUGACAAAUUUAGCUCAUAGGCAAAAAUGAAUCAUCAAUCAUAACUGGUUAUGAUUAUACAUAUUUGUAUCAGCUAUAUAUAAUAACUAGAUGUAGCAAUAAUAAAAUUACUAUUGAAGCUAGUUCAUCCCAUAAACAUUCAUCACUAUAGACUAGCUUUUCUUAAUCAGAUACUUCUACUUUAGCCUCUUUAUAAAAUGUAAGAUACGUCUUUCGUGUCUCCAGAAUGUGUCUGUAAAUUUUCAGCUCAAAACACCCAUCAGAGCAUUUAUUAUAGUUUCCAGAAUAUGUGUAGCUGUGUUUGUAGCCUGUGCCUUUAAUGCAAAUGAGCUUGUUCACCCUGCCCACUGUUCCCAUCUGUGGGUCAGCUUAUACUGUGUCAAGUCAGAUAAACAGCACAGAGACAGACAUAAAUUAAGCAGAUCCAGGAUUCAUUUCAUAAGUUCAUGAGUCAAAUAUAGCAAGUAUGUUUAUUUGAUGUAUUUGUGCUGGAGUUUAUUAAAACUUUGCCAUUCACUGAUGCAAACACAAGUGCCAUGACAAAGUUCACAGUACUCACACACACAUUUUUUUUCUUGCACAUUUUUUCUAUGUCUUUUCUUUAUUACAAACAUGCUCUGCUUUGAACGUUUUAAAGUUGUAAAAAUGUUUUUAAGUUGUUAAAGCUGAGGUGCAGCCGAUCACAGAGAGGUGGAACAGAUCUUUUAAUUUAGUUCUUUGCAACUCCUGUUUUGUGGACUCGUGUAUACGCGCUACUAUGGAGAUGUGUUAAUAUGUGGCUGUCAAUCAAUUUGGUAGGUGAGGAAAACUGCAGUCCUACGCAGAUAACGAUGGGAUUUGGAUCCUAUUUUAAUGUCAGAAAAUGUUAAAAAUUAGACUUAUUGGGCCCUAUCAUACACCGGGCGCAAUAAGGGGCAAGACGUGUUUGCCCCAGCGUGUUGCUAUUUUGAAACUAGCGCAACAUUAAUUUCCCCAUUUUCCACCACGUUGUUUAAAUAGCAUAUCAAUGUGUGCCACUUUGUGGACUCAUGGGUGUUCCGGUCUAGAGUGCAAUAGACCAGCUGAAAGCAGGUCUGAAGUCCUGCGCAGAGUAUGUUAGUUGUGCACCGUUUUCUAAGUAAAUAUAAAAGCCACUGCCUCCAUGCCUUUAUGUCGGGGUGCUUUUUUUCAGUU